CAGCAGAAGCGCCUGGAAGAGGGUUUUAGGGCGUAAAAGAAGAAACGUAGCCGUAGAAGAGGGCUCUUUUUCGGGCGAACAAACUUUAUCUUCCUGAGAAAAUCUUUCCAAAGGUACGGAUUCACAGACUCCAACCCCUCUCACUCUCAGAUCCCCUCAACCAAACCCUAGUUCUUCUCCUUCUUCAUCACUGCCGAUGGAUCGGUACCAGAGAGUUGAGAAGCCGAGAGCUGAGACUCCUAUCGAUGAGAACGAGAUUCGAAUUACUAGCCAGGGAAGGAUGCGCAGCUAUAUCUCCUACGCCAUGAGCCUGCUUCAAGAGAAAGGUGCAGAUGAAAUCGUAUUCAAGGCAAUGGGAAGGGCCAUCAAUAAGACCGUGACCAUAGUGGAGCUUAUCAAGAGGAGGAUUGUUGGUCUUCAUCAAAUCACAUCGAUUGGGUCCACUGAUAUAACAGAUACAUGGGAGCCCCUUGAGGAAGGCCUCCUUCCUUUGGAGACUACAAGGCAUGUGUCAAUGAUCACAAUUACGCUCUCCAAGAAGGAAUUGGACACAACUUCUGUUGGGUAUCAGCCCCCACUACCUGAAGACCAGGUGAAAGCCUCCACAGAUUAUGAAUAUGAAGGAGGAGAGGGAUCUCCAAAUGGCCGAGGCAGAGGUCGUGGUGGCAGAGGAAGGUCAAGGGGCAGAGGGAAUGGAUAUGUGUCCGUGGAAUACGAAGAUGGUGGUUGGGACCAGGGCGGCUAUGCCAGGGGCAGAGGUCGGGGUAGAGGACGUGGCGGAUUCCGUGGCCGUGGUAGAGGAGGCUAUAAUGGUCCUCCUCCCGAAGCCCAGCAGCAAGAUGGUGGCUUCUAUGAUGCUCCUCCUCGGGGCCGUGGGCGUGGUCGUGGUAGAGGAGGUUAUUAUAAUGGUCCUCCUCCCGAAGCUCAGCAGCAAGAUGGUGGCUUCUAUGAUGCUCCUCCUCAAGGCCGUGGGCGUGGCCGUGGUAGAGGAGGGUACCGUGGAAGGGGCCGUGGUGGAGGUAGAUCGAACGGACCGGCAAUCCAGGCUGCUGCAUGAUGAUGAGAUGUACGGUUUUCAACUGGGAUUCUUGUCCCUCUUGAAUCCAGUUUUCUUCUCGUGGCAAUGUUUUUAUCAGCUCGUUAUUAUCUGUUUUUUGUUCGUUGUUUCUGAAUUUUUGGGAUUCUAUUGUGCUUGUUGCCCAGUUUGGUGGCAAGUUAGAGAUUUCUAUGUUUAACUUUUAGGACAUUCUGUUCCCAUAUAUUGUGUAACCACAGUUUAGACUAAUCCUUUGUAGUCUGAAAUUUGUUGUGUUUUAGGUCGUUUUAGAUUGUGGUUGAACAAAUAACUGUAACAGUCUCCCUUUUUAAGUUGUUACGUUGAGCAUUCUUUUAUUUUUCAUCAUCUCCC